UUCCUCCCAUUUGCUCCUCUCCUUCCUUAUUCAUGCCAAGAAUAUCAUCAUAAGAUUACCCCCCUUAUCUUCUUCUCGACUCACAAUAUAUAUUAUGACUUACCUCAGCUAAGCCAACAAGAUCAGUGCUUUACCCUCGCCAUGGCUACUCUGCUUGAAAAACCAUCUGCCCAGAAGAAAAGGGUAAUACAAGAACUUGUCAAAGGCCAAGAAUCUGCAAACCAGCUUCAGCUCUUGCUCCACAAGCACUUGAAAGAAGAUGGAUCUGUGUCAGUUGAUGAAUUGGUGGAGAAGAUCUUGAGAUCUUUUACAGAGAGUCUUUCAGUUGUGAGGUCCUGUGAGUUGGGUGAGAAGCUUCAGCAGGCAGACUCUUUUGUUCAUGAUUCGCCGAGGACCGAGGAUUCCGGUGAGAGCAGGAAGAGUACGGCUGCCAAGGACAGGAGAGGUUGCUACAAGAGAAAGAAGAACACAAAGGCAUGGACUGUAGUGUCUCCUCUCGUUGAAGAUGGUCAUGCUUGGAGAAAGUAUGGACAAAAGGAUAUUCUCAAUGCAAAAUUUCCAAGGAGUUACUUCAGGUGCACCCACAAGUACGAUCAGGGUUGUAAAGCAACCAAACAAGUCCAAAGAUUGGAGCACGAUCCCCAACAAUAUCAAACCACUUAUAUAGGCGACCAUACCUGUAUUGACACUUACAAGACGCCACAAAUUAUGUCGGACUCAGACUCUUGGGUGUCUUAUGUGGUUUCCAAUUCCUCCGAUUCAUACACACCAAGUAGUAGUAAUCAGCAUCCUUUUAGCUUGUCAGGCUUGAGGCAAGAAAAUAAAGCAAGCGAUGAACAAGUGAUUUGGAAGGAUCUGAUGCCUCUAAACUCGGCUGAACCUGCUGUGUAUUCAUGUAGUGAAGCCACCUCUACUAGUACUCAUUGUUUGCCCAUGGACUUUGUAGUGGAUUUUGACACUGCUUUUUGUUUUGACCAUUCUGGGGACUUCUUCAAUGAGUAGCAGCUAUGUAUUUAUCUUGUAUUAGUUAUCAGUAAAUAUAUAUAUAUAUAUAUAUAUAUAGAUAGAGAGAGAGAUAUAGCUUGUCCCAUCACGUGUAAUCAGUCUACAUGAGGUUCAGUAAUUCAAUAACAGAGUCAUAGCCAAUUAA